AAAGUAAGUUGAGGACCAAUAGUACCGUAUUUGAGCUCCCGACCCUCCGGAAAGAAUAUACAAUUGGGCUAUUACCUAAAAUGUGUAUUCGUCUGUUCUACUUUACCUACAGAAUUUUCUUGCAGCGUUGUCUAUUUAGGUUAUUACGCCGAAUACGGUACUUCAGGUACAAUAUACACGGCACUCGGGUGACGGGCCUGUUGAGUUAUCUACGGGGGCUUACCUGUGGAACAAUGCUUGAUUUUGCCAUUCCGCAAUCGCCUCAUAGUUGCGAUAUUGAUGAUUUCAUAGUUGUGAUAUUGAUAAUUUCAAAGUUGCUCAACAGUAUAAACGUUAAUACUGCGACAAUAAAAAAAAGCAGACCGGAUAUAGGACAAACCCAGCUUCCAAAAGCCACCACUUUACCAAACGAUAUAUUCAUUACGCUCAGUCACAAGUAAAUACGUAAAUCAAACGCCCACUAUUUAACCUGGGCACCCCCAUACAAGCUU